UCGUUUAAAGUUUUUAUGAACAUCGCCAGAGGUUAUAAGACUGUAGACGUUAGAAACAACGAAGGACUGCGUACCGUCUUUUCUGAUAAGCCACUGAAGGGGAUUUUCGCAGCCAUGAAAGUGCUUCUGGUGGUUGCACUAGUUGUUCUUACUCAUGGCACUUCUGCCACUUUGCUCAUUAAAGGGCCAACUGAGCCGGUCCUGGAAGGUCAGCCCAUACAACUGGAGUGUCUGUACUCAGACUCGGAAUUGAACAUCAGUCAGGUCCACUUUGAGGUCUUUUCCAAGUACAUGGAGAGCUGGCAUCCAGUUUAUGAGAGAUGGUGCUUCUCUUGGCGUAUGUCUCCAUUUAUUGAGCAGACGACAAACAGUCUAGUACUGUAUAUCCACUAUGCAGGGAGGUUCUCUGAGGGGCCCUACCGAUGUGUGUCUGACUCUGAAAAUGUGACUGCGCCAGACAAUGUCUCCCAACCGCUGACCUUCAAAGUAUUCUAUUUGGGAGAGGUGUCAGUGUCCAGGGCAGGUUACACGAGAUACCUAGAUCUCUCACAGGAGCUGAGGGUGCAUCCGGGGGAUGAUGUGGUGUUGAAGUGCUCUGCCAGCUCAUCGGAGGAGCCAAACUACUUCUGGCAAAAAGAGGGUAACGACUGGAUCCUGCCUUCAUCUAGGAAGGUGACUGCGAUGGAUGAAGGACAGUACACUUGCACGGCUGAGCAUCCGUCUGUGGAUUCAUUCAGCAAGAAACGCACCAUCAGCAUCACAGUGCUAUCUGAGAAUGCCGCCUGGUAUGAGUCUACUAAUGGCCACCUCAUUCUGAUGACCUUGGCGGCAGUUGUGGCUCUCUUGGUGUUCAUCCUCUCCAUGACUGUAUUCCUAUGCCGCAGGGCCAAGCAGGCCAAGACCCACAAAGGACCCAUUGAUGACCGGUCCCAGAAAAAGCCUAUCUACAAAACCAGUGUGGAGUCCGUGCCCUCCACCUGUGGAGACAACCAGCCUCUGGUGUGACUGCACAGGCAGGUGGAUGGAUGAGAUGGGGGAGGGGGGGGCAAGCAAGGCGUAGUGGGUGGCCAGAAAAUUUGGGAUGGCAUAAAAAGGAUACUUAAAUAGGAAGAAUAGGGUACUGGGGGGAAAUGGGGGAGGUGAGAGGGAGGCAAUGAGGGAUAACAGACUGUAGGGAGACUGUACUCUCCCUACUCGGAGACUGUAGGGAGAAAAAAAAAAUCAAAAUUGGAACAAUCUGGGUGUGAAGUGAAAAUGAUUGCUUUAGAGGCGCAGAAGCUGCUUUGCUUGUGGCUGUAGAAUGCCGUUAUGCAUCGUGGACAAAAAGGUGGGCAGUUUUCUUUCAUUUAUUGUGGUAUUUGAAAAAUGGGGAGCUUCAUUCUUAGUAAAACAACAGGGGAUGAGUCUUGUGUAGUGUAAGAGCUGUAAACACUCACAUGCAGUUCUCUCCUUUCUGUUGCAAAUUGCUUGGUUGUGUAUUACAAAUGAAACAUUUAGGUGACCGGAUGAGGUUUUAUUUUGCUGAUCUGCUUCCCUUUCAACAUUUUUCACAAAGCAGAACCAGCUCAAAGCAUCUGUGAAAAUAUUAUAAUCUCAAACACAUUGCACUCUACUGUUUAAUUUACUGUUUGGUUGUUCGGUUUCUCUGAUAUUAAAUGGCUUUCAGAAAAUAGUA